UUGCCGUUACCAUAGCGACUAGGCCUCCGGCAGGGAAAUCCUAGCUGCCUUGACAACAUCCUUGGGCAUCCGCAGCUCCGGAGGCCCCGGAAACUGACGGCCUUUGCAGAGCUCGGCCGGUGGUGUAGUUCCCAUCAUUCUCCAGAAGCCGCACAUCAGCAAGGAGGUGUAAGAAAGAUCCCUUCCGAGAUCGCGGAUAACUUCAGUCUGGAGUGAAUCAGAUGCGUCUGCUUACUAGCCAGGAUUCCAGUGAAUUAUGCCUUUUCGGUUUGGGACCCAGCCAAGGAGGUUUCCAGUGGAAGGAGGAGAUUCUUCAAUUGGGCUAGAACCAGGCCUGAGUGCCAGUGCUGCCUGUAAUGGGAAAGAGACAUCACCCAAUAGGCAACUCCGAAGAUGCCCUGGAAGUCAUUGCCUGACAAUAACUGAUGUUCCCAUCACCGUCUAUGCAACAAUGAGGAAGCCAUCUGCACCGAGCAGCAAGGAAAUGCAUCCCAAAUAGCAUCAUUAAGUCUUGUGUCGAGGGUUGACUAGGUCAAGGGUGAUGGACCAGCAUCAUCUUACGGUCUGUCUGGUAAUCAAAUAAAGGGGGAGGCGCUGCGCAGGUGAUGCCAACAGCUGAAUAUCUGAUUUUAAUUAAAACGAACAACGUAUUCAGUAGGGCACACAUGAUGAUAAGCCAUUGGUUACAUCUGACAAGACAGAACACUUCACACUUACAAAGUACCUUAGAGAUCAUCUUGCUCACAGAUUACUAGUUCUGAAAAUUCAAGAUAAAACCUGAUCCAUGGUGGUCAUAAUGCCAGAUUCUCAGAGCUUAUACAGAGCUGAGAGGCAUUUGAAUUUUUAUUAGUUAAAGAGAAGAGGUCAUCCAUAAAUGUGGGCUCUGAGUCCUGACUCUGUAGGUCCAAACUACCUGUAUGAAGAGAGACAGUAUAACUGUACCAAAGCUUGAAAAUAGAUGAGGCGCAAGGUGAUCCCUAAGAA